AUGAAUUACAUCACCACUUAAAUAUAAUAAAAGAAAUUUUAUUUCGAAGCAUUAAAAUUUUACUACUUAAACAUUAUCUUAUAUCGUCAAGUGGAUUAGCUGAAGAUAGACAUUGAAAAUAUGAAGACUAAAUAUGAAGAGCUCAAUAAAAAGAAAAGAAGAAAAAAUUCCGAGAUCAAAAAACUAUACGUUUGCUAGCACUGUCUGAAAACUUAUGGGUAUUAAUUUUAAGCCUAAUAAAUAGUACAUAUGGAGCCAAAUAUAAACAUAUUAAAAUUAAGCAUUAAGAAUGA